AUGUCACCGGCCUGUGAUGCUCAGCUGGGGGACAUGGCAGCGCCGGGCAUCACAGGCCAGGGACGCAGCGGUGACGGGAUCGACGAAUGCUAUUACAGUGGAUAUGUAGAAGACGUCUUAGACUCACAGGUCAUCCUCUCUACCUGCGCUGGGCUUUGGGGUCAUGUGAAAAUUGGGACUUUAAGUUAUGAAAUUGAACCUAUUGAGAAUUCUCCCACAUUUCAACACCUUAUUUAUCGGAAGACUCCAAAGCAGCGUGAACCUUGCAGAGGAAUCGUUGAAGAUGGAUCAGAUUUGACAAGUGAUUAUCAGUCUCUUUAUGCUUAUGUCAGUAACGUGCCACUAAAAUCCAUUGGCUACUUUGGAGGAAAAUGUAGAAGAUUGAGUAACUGCAGCAGAGAGGUAUAUUACGAUACAAUAAGCAAGCCAGGAAAAGAAUGCUUGCUUGACAUACCUACUAAACUCUUUAGGAGAAAGGUGUGUGGAAAUGGUGUCACUGAUGACGACGAAGAGUGUGACUGUGGCCAGGAUAAGGAUUGCAGAGUACAUGGCUGUUGCAAAGAGAACUGUAAACUAAAAGCAAACAUUGACUGUCUUUAUGGACUCUGCUGUGAAGAAUGUAAGUUUUUAGAAGAGCGAACGCUGUGUAGGAAAAGCGCCACGGAGUGUGACCUUCCGGAAUACUGCAGCGGGACUUCUGCCAACUGCCCGCCAGAUGUGUACAAACAAGACGGGAUGCCAUGCAGCAACGAUAACAAUUGCUUUCAGGGGAAUUGUCUUGAUCUUGAGAGUCAGUGCGUCAUUCUGUUUGGUGAAGGUGCAGAACGGGCCCCACUGAAUUGUUUCAAGGAACUGAACAUGCGAGGCGACCGGUCUGGCAACUGUGGCGCGGAGGAUCAAAAAUACAAGAAAUGUCAUGAACAGGAUGUGUUAUGUGGAAGGAUCCAGUGCACCCAUGUGAAGAAAAUCCCAAAAAUGGCAACCGGACAAGGAGUCGUUCAGACUGCGGUGGAGAAUACGUUGUGCUGGGGUACAGAAUUCCAUCUUGGGUUUGAUGUUUACGAUAUUGGAGCAGUGAGAGAUGGAACAACCUGCGGCCUUAAUAAGAUGUGCCUAAAUAGAUCCUGCGUUGACGUGGCAGUUCUGAACUAUGAUUGCGAUUUCUCUGGCUGUAACAACCACGGGGUGUGCAAUAGCAAACGACACUGCCAUUGCUCUUACGGAUGGGCCCCUCCCUUCUGCUCUGGCAGAGGAUACGGGGGAAGCGUCGACAGCGGGCCCCCUCCGCCUUCUCAGAUCUCCACAAGUGUCCUGGUUGGGUUAAUCACCCUCUCUGUGUUGGCUGUCAUUGUACUGGGCCUUUUCAUUCAGAGAAACAAGUUGCAGGCGCGGUGA